CUAAAUUCCACGUCUCUAGCUACGCCUACGUGACAUGAACAUAUACUCCCAUCCCAGCCCGGCCGGCCUUCUUUAUAUCCUCCGAAUCGGAACACGCACUAUAUAUAUACUCGAUCUUCAAUGUUCACUAUACUUGAUUAAAUCAACGACCCAGCAAGCUAAAUAAAUGGCAUAUGUGGCGGAGAAUGUGGGCGGGCAGACGGUGACGCCGCCGGGGGAGGCGAUGACGGUGGGGCAACACGUUGUAGACAAAAGCGCUAUGAUGUUGCAAUCGCUGAGGCCGAUCAAAGAGAUGAAGCAGCACGUGUGCACCUUCGCUCUCUACAGCCAUGACAUGAACCGUCAAAUCGAGACUCACCACUACGCCACCCGUCUUAACCAGCAUUUCCUUCAGUGCGCUGUCUACGACUCCGAUCACUCCCCCGCCCGCCUUAUCGGAGUGGAGUAUAUAAUAUCUGAGAACAUCUAUGAGACUUUGUCUAAAGAUGAACAAAAGUUGUGGCAUUCUCAUGCUUAUGAGAUAAAAGCAGGGUUGUGGGUGAAUCCAAGAAUUCCAGAGAUGUUGGUGAGACCUGACCUCGAAAAUCUAGUGAAGACUUAUGGCAAAUUUUGGUGCACAUGGCAGUCUGAUAGAGG